ACCUCCACCCUUUCUCUCGUGCCCUUUCAGGUUUGACAGCUCCAAUGAUGCCCCAGCACCAAGGUGGAUCUGCUGCAAAACUGGUCUGCUACUUCACCAACUGGUCCCAGUACAGACAGGAGCCUGCCCGCUUCAUGCCUAAGGACGUGAACCCCAGUCUGUGCACCCAUCUCAUCUAUGCCUUUGCCGGCAUGACCAACCACCAGCUCAGCACCAUAGAGUGGAAUGAUGAGAAGCUCUACGCGGAGUUCAAUGCCCUGAAGAAGAUGAAUCCCAAGCUGAAGACACUACUGGCUGUUGGGGGCUGGAACUUCGGCACGCAGAAGUUCACAGACAUGGUGGCCACAGCCGGCAAUCGGCAGACCUUUGUCAACUCAGCCAUUGGGUUUCUGCGCAAACAUGGCUUUGACGGCCUUGACCUUGACUGGGAGCACCCAGGAAGCCGGGGAAGCCCUCCCUCCGACAAGCAGCACUUCACAGCCCUGGUGCAGGACCUGGCCAACGCCUUCCGGCAGGAAGCCCAAGCCUCGGGGAAGGAACGCCUCCUUCUGAGCGCAGCUGUCCCAGGAGGGCGACAGUACAUAGAGGCUGGAUAUGAGGUGGACAAAAUUGCUCAGAACCUGGAUUUCAUGAGCCUUAUGGCCUAUGACCUCCACGGCUCUUGGGAGAAGACAACAGGACAUAACAGCCCGCUCUACAAGAGGCAGGGAGAGAGUGGGGCAGCGGCCGAAUUCAAUGUGGACUUUGCUGUGCAACAGUGGCUGCAGAAGGGGGCCCCUGCCAACAAACUGAUCCUUGGCAUGCCCACCUACGGACGAUCCUUCACCCUGGCCUCAUCUGACAGUGGAGUGGGGGCCCCAGCCACAGGGCCCGGAGCCCCUGGCCCCUUCACCAAAGAGGCAGGAGUGCUGUCUUACUAUGAGGUCUGCUCCUGGAAGGAGGCCGCUAAACACAGAAUCGAGGAGCAAAAGGCGCCCUAUGCCGUCCAGGGCAACCAGUGGGUGGGCUUUGACGAUGUGGAGAGCUUCAAAACAAAGGUCAACUACCUGAAGCAGAAGGGCCUGGGCGGGGCCAUGGUGUGGUCACUGGACAUGGACGACUUCAAGGGCCUCUUCUGUAAUCAGGGCCAGUACCCCCUCAUCAAGACACUGCAGACGGAGCUGAAUAUUUAAGUCCAGCACCAGGCCUCCGUGGGCCAAGAUGGGCCAGAAGAGCACGCACACACAGGAGUCUUUGCAAACAGAAUAAUCCAAGUAGUCCCUGCAGCUUCGGGUUAAAUGGUGGUCAUUCUAUUGGGAAAAAAUGUACACAUAACUUAAUGGUCCAGUUUGCCAAGCACUCACCACACUGGUUUUGGGGUGGGCUCUGGCAGGCAGCUGGAGUUGGGGAUGGUGGGGGGAGAGGAAGUGGCCUCCCCUCCCGCAGGGGUACAGCCAGAGCCAGCUCCCUGUAGAGAUGACUUCCCCGCGCCCCCACCCUGCCUGUCCUCAGUGCAGAGCGCAGGUCCGGUUUUGCACAGGCCCCCUUACCCUGAGGUCUCAGCAGGAAGGGGACAUGCCAUACCCACACACGGGAGAGCCUCGGAGCUGCUCCACAUGGAGUCCAGGUGGCGGUUUCCGUAUGGGGGUGCCUGUGCCCCACACAGACGCAGAGGUCUCUGGCCCCACGCCCUGCUCCCCCCAGACCCAGAUGCCUGCCUCUGCUCAGCUCAGCACCACCUCCCAGGGUCUUGGGUUCUCCCUGCUUCCUGCCCCUCCCUCACGCAGACCACCCCCCACAGAGUGGCCACCUCAGUCUUUCUAAACUUGGGUCAAAUCCUGUCACUCUCCACAUUCAACUGCCAUCAGCGACUCCUCACCCAGCAAGAACAGAGCCCUCACCUACCCGGCUUUCUCCUCCUGCUCUCACUUCCUGUCGCCCACCCAGAUUUGGUCCUGGGCGCUCCCAAUGUCGAUGUUAACUUCGUCCAUGCCAGUUUCUCCUGAGGGACCCCCAGAUGUCGGGUGUCAUAUCUGGAUUGAACCCCUGCCCCAAAGCAAAUACUACUUUUUGAACAAGACUUUCUUCCUUUACUCACCAGACCGCCCCACAGCCUCCACCCACUUAAACUCACAAAUUGGGAGAUGCACCAUGUAUGGAGCAGCCUUUGAAGCCGGUGCUGCCUGAACCGUUAGUGUGACCAGCUCUGAGCAGUACAGUUUGAAAGGAAUUGUUUCAGUUAUGAAAUCUACCACAUAGACAAAAGAGUGUUUAAAGAGUGUUUUGAGCAUCUCCCAUGAAUCCAUCACCAGGGUCAGGAAACAGAGCAUAACCAGCCUUUGGUGUGGUAGCGCUGUGCAGCCCCCUCCCCAAUCCCCCGGCUAGAUUUUGGCGAUUCAUUCUGUCCUUUUUCUUAUAGUUUACCAACUGUGUGUGCAUUCCUAAAUAAAGUAUUAUUGAUUCUG